CGCGAGGACUUCCGGCGGCCGGAGGCACUGUGGUUGCCUCGGUGAUGUCGUGGGUUCAAGCUGCUUCUUUGGUCCAGGGCCGUGGAGAGGAGGGAGACGUGUUUGAUGAGGAAGCGGACGAGUCGCUCCUGGUGCAGCGGGAAUGGCGGAGCCACAUGCAGAGACGAGUCAAGGAAGGUUAUAGAGAUGGAAUAGAUGCUGGCAAAGCACUUACUCUUCAACAAGGCUUCAAUCAAGGUUAUAAGGAAGGUGCAGAAGUCAUUAUAAACUAUGGACAACUCAGAGGAACACUGAGUGCUUUGCUCUCCUGGUGUCACCUUCAUGAUAAUAGUUCGGCUUUGAUCAGUAAAAUAAAUAAUCUUCUGGAAGCGGUUGGCCAAUGUGAAGAGUAUGUGCUCAAACAUCUGAAAUCAAUCACUCCACAGCCCCAUGUUGUAGAUUUAUUGGACUCCUUUCAGGAUAUGGACCUUUGUCAUGUAGUUCCAGCUGAGAAAAAGAUUGAUGAAGCUAAAGAUGAAAGACUCUGUGAAAAUAAUGCUGAGGUUAACAAAAACUGUAGCAGGAGUCUUAAUGGGGUAGAUUGUUUGUCUUUAGAAUGUUGUAGAACACAAGAGCAUGCACAUUCUGAAAACCCAAGCCUCACUUGGAUUUUAGAACAGACAGCCAGUUUAGUAAAACAGCUGGGAGUAUCAGUAGACGUAUUACAGCACCUCAAACAACUAUAAAAAUUAUCUUCACUUUUCUAAUGAAAAUAAUGUUCAGAGCAUUUCUUAGAGCAUUUUGUUUCUUACCCAGCUAACCAAAAUUUGUACUGGUUUCUAUAUUGAACACUUCACUCGUAGGGUUAUCCUUCAUGAAAGUUUGAAAUAUCUUCAAAAUUAACACUAUUAAAUGUAAUAUAAGCUUUUUUUCUUUGUCACUGGUAAUUUUUAUGUAGUUUAAAAUAUGCUCAGAA